CCCCACCCCAAAUGUUCCAGCCCACUUCACAAAGAAGAAUCAAUAUCAGAUCAUCUAACCUCCAUCUAAACUCCUCGUUCCCCAUCUCACUUACCUCGAUUCAGCUAGAUCUCAGCCACCAGAAACACUCCAUAACUCUUCAGCCCCCCGAGAGCCAAUCAUAUCCUCAGAGCAUUCUAGAUGUCGAAAGAAUCGCCAAAAUCCACUUUCGGGCUACUGUCCAAUGGGAGGGGCUGUUCGUGACGCGUUGUACGCGAUUGAAAGUGAAUGAGAGGGAUGGAGGGGUCUGGACGGGUCUACUGUGAAAGGAACGGAUAUAUACUGGUGAAUGUGAAGUGAUGGGGUAGUUAGUGGGGUGCUUGGAUUAAGUGGCUAUCUAUGGCUACAUGUGAUGGUGUGACCUGAUGGCGGGAUUGUGCGAUGGUUAGUAUAUGAUGUUCUUGAGGUUGUGGUAGGUUAAUUUAUCUGAGGUAUAAGAAGGCGUCUUAUAGUUCUUGUCUUGCAGUGGUAGUUACUAUAGCUGCCGCAUGUAAUAAAGGAUGGGAUGGGAGGGGAUAUGAAAUGGAAAGGUGACUAAUGAGUCUAGUACAUUGAAGACUGCUAAUUUGAUGCUGAUGGUUGAUGUUGUCAUCAUCGCUGACAGAGGGGUUUGAUGAAGAUAAACAUAUGGCGACAGUUCAGGGUCCUAUCACCAAGACGAAGGGGACCCUUGUACCUGCAUGUUUUAGUGUCAUCCACAUCCUGGUUACGCGCCUCGAUCGCGAGAUCGUAAAUAGGCGGUGAGACGGGGUUUUCGAGGAUUGAGCAGUUGAUCGCGUGCGUGCUUUCUCUCGAAAUUUACAGAGAGACGGUGCGGAUUCAGUGAUUGUUUUCACGUUGAGUGAAGACAAAGAAAAGUC